AUGAAGGCUAUCUCAGCCAUCAACAGCAAGUCUGGAGCAGGACCAUGCGUUCGCGGUUUGGUCAUAUGUUGUGGCUCAACUGGGAGGUUGAGCGAAAGCGCCAAUCUAUUGAACCGCUUCAUAGAGCGAGACGUGUUUGACUUUGUCCUCACAUUUGCGGGCGUAUCAACUAUAGAUUCCAUAGUCGUCCCUGCAUUGAAUCGCUUCAUCGAAAAUGUCUAUGUGUUCGACAUGCACAUCUGGGAUGCGAUGGAAGAGUCCUUUGGAGAGGACAGAUAUGCCCUGAACCAAUCUCCCAUGUACAUCUCAUUUGCGACUAUCACUAAUGGUCCAAAUGGUGAGCGGAACCACAUUGUGGAUGCAAGGGUAUUGGCAUACUCUAAUCUCAAGGAUGGCUGUCCAUGGGGCCUGGAUAUCUACCGGUGUUGGAACGUGCAGUGUCAAGCACCAGCAUACAACAUGAUUUUUCAUGUGCACGGAAAACAAUUCUUUGGACAACGUUGGGUAGAGAUGAAGCUGAAGUAUAUGUGCCUGCAAUGCAAAAUGAUGCAAAAGGGUAUCACAUGUCCAUCAUGGGUUCACGCAGCACGCUCUCAAAAUUAUGGACAUGUAUGGUACCAGUGGCCACUCACGUCGGCACAGAGACACGAGAUAGGUGUCAUACAAUGA